AUGGCGAAGGAAGAAGCGCAGGCGAGCGGACUCCCGGCCAUGGUCCUCUCCCUUCCUCCAAUUCCCCCAGAGCUCAAGUCCAUCGCUCCCUACCUCCAGCGUGCCGACGAAACUGCAAGCGCAGACCCCGUCAUUUCCUACUGGUGUGCCUACUAUGCUGCCCAGCAGGGUAUCGCGCUCAAGAUCAAGGACUCGGCCGCGCGUCACUUUCUCUUUGACCUUCUUGGUCUCCUAGAGGAAAUCAAGAGCGACAUAGGCCCCAAUGAUGCCGUGCACGACGAGCCUGCCAGUGCUGCCUAUGUCGAGAACUUCGCCCUUCGUGUAUUCGCCGGUGCAGAUAAUGAGGACAGGAACGGAAACACUACAAAGAACACCGCGCGCAAGUUCCUCGCCGCAGCUAAUUUCCUCGAGAUCCUUCGUACCUUCGACGCCGAGAAGACCACGAUCGACCUUCCCGACAUCGAAGCGAAGAUAAAAUACGCAAAAUGGAAAGCAGCAGACAUUGCUAAAGCCUUCCGUGAGGGCCGCAAGCCCACUCCGGGACCUGCAGCCUCAGCAGCAGGAUCUCAAGACGAGCUCCUUGCUCCGUUACCAGACGUCCCGGUCCCGGACCUCAAUGUCGUACCGCCCACAACACCACCGGCUGCCAACACCCCCCUCUCCUCGCAUUCAUCGCCACCGUCCAUUACCCGUUCGCAUCCACCACCGCCAAAUCUCAACGACGUUCCCCCUACCGACCACCUCGGGCCGCACCUUCCAGACGGCCUGACCCCAUCACAACCUCUCCAGAGCCCAGGAAGCUGGAGCACGGCAGCUACCCCAGGCACGCCUGGCUUCCAGCGGGACGAUGUCACGUCCCCUUCAGUCGCAUCAAGCCACAGUCCUCCAGUGAGCGCCGGCGUGGCUCGCACUGCAUUCGUGAGCAGUGAGCUCGAAGGCAAGACCGAGGACGAGAUUGAUGCAGAGGCGCCUUCUCCCACGUCUGCAGCCAAGUCCGUUCACUUCUCCCCGUCGACAGUGGGCGGCUUCGGCGCGCCCGCCGAUUCAUUCGCAAAUCCACCACUGUACCCCGCGCCCAGCGCGCCGCCGUUUAGUCCUCCGCCACCACCGGCAUCUGGUGGUUACCCUUCUCCCAGCAACCGGGCGACACGCCUCCCUGUACCACCUGCCGCGCCGCCGCCCGUUCCAUCUUCCUCAUGUCCGCAUGCGCACAGCGUCCCGCUCGCUACGAGUCCAGUCCCCGACACGACAGUCACGACCUUGCCGGUGGAGCUCUCGCCGCAGGUCAUCGCACGUGCACAGAAGCACUGCAAAUUCGCCAUAUCUGCCCUAGACUAUGAGGACAGAGAGCAAGCUGUGAAGGAGCUGCGGGCGGCACUGAAGAUGCUCGGGGGUUAG